AUGAGUGACGUGAAAGUGGAGGAGAGCAUCAUGUCGUACUUAUCACAAACUGAGACUGGCGCCGGCCCCAAAGACUUAAACGUGGUGGCCAUUCUUCAUAACUUCUGGGAGCAGAAGCAGCUGAAUGGUUCCUCCAGUGACUCGGAUGGUUUUGGUGGGAAGGGAGCUGGCCAGACAGAGAGCCUGCUGUUGUACGAAUCUGCACCUUCUCCUGGUCCUCCGUAUGUCUGCUAUGUCACGCUUCCUGGAGGAAGCUGUUUUGGUAACUAUAAGGUGUGUGAAACUCAAGCAGAAGCUCGGAGGGACGCGGCUCGUGUGGCUCUGAUGAACUCACUUGUGAAUGAGUUGCCAUGUCGACGCAUUGACCCUGAGUUCAUCGCUCAUAGUUUGCGUCAGGCGGCCAGAGACAGUGCUGUUUCUGUAGAAGAUGCAUGUGAUUCGGGUACCAGUAUAGGAACCUACAGUUUGCUGCUUCACUCCUACAUUGGAAGGAGCAUGCUGGAGUUCCAGGAGAUGAUGACAAUUUUUCAGUUGUUGCACUGGAACGGGACUCUGAAAGCUCUGAGGGAUAGACAGUGCUCUCGACAGAGUGUGAUUAGAUAUUACUCUCAGCGAGGACUUGAUGAGUACGUGCGCAGCAAUAUGGCUCUGGAUUGGCUCGCACGGGAGCAGAGAUCACCGGGUCUCAUCGGAGCUGAGUUGCAGGUGGCACAGAGGGAGCUAGUGUUGGCCCGGCGUCGAGGCGUAGAGCUGCGCUUCUACAAGGAAAAAACAGAGAUCCUUAGCUUGGCUCUCAGCCAAGCAUACAUUCACCACACACCUGAGGUCUUCAGCCAUUCGCUGAGUCGCAAAUACAAGCAAGAGCAUCUGCCUUUAGACACAUUUUACAGCCAGGAAACAGAAGCCCAGCGAGCCCCACCCUUAAGCCAUUUGCCACCGGUCCAUAAAAACACACAGCAAACAGUCUGUGAAGCCUCUGGACUCUCUGAUAGUCCUUCACCAUGCUCAGAGCAAACAUUUGAGCCUUUAGAUGACUUUGAAUAAACUGAAUCACAAAGUAGAGGAUGGGCAAAACAUAUUGCCAUUUAACUCUAUACCUCCUAAAGGCCCACUAGGAUUAACCAUGAAGCUCUUUUCUGAAGUGUUUUCUGUCAUAUUUUACAUAUGAGAAGUUAGUGAGGGUAUUCUUUGCCUAUGCAGCUAAAAAAUUCUUCUACAUCUACAUUUGCUACACAGAAGGCAACUAGACUGUUUUUUGUCAGCAUGACUGAGAGUUUAAAAAGAGGUUUUACAAAAUUAGGUUGAGGUGUUAUUAUGAUGCCCGACCAUUAUUAACAUACAAUUUAGUUUGUGACUAUAAAAGUAUGGCUCACUGUAAUGUAUAAGCAGCUUUAACAACAAUAAAUGUAGCAUUCAAGUGAUUUAGAUUAAAUAGUAGAAAACUUAAUUACAUUUUUAACGUGGACCUCAAUUUUUUGUUUGUUUUUGGGGGUUUUUAUGAAGAGCACUCUGUCACUGUCCUACAUUUUAUUUAUGCACAUUCUUGUAGCAAUGUAGCAUGCACAGUCACAAAAGAGCAUUUUCAUAGCACUCUAUGCAGUCCUACCUAAAGCACCUCUAGUAGCAGUAACUUGACUUUAUCAGUCUUUUUUUUUUACAACUUUGCUUUGGUUCAUUUAAGUUUGUUAACAUUUGUUAUCUACAGCUCUCUUGAAGUCCACCUGCAGUAUUUCAAUCAGGUUUAGGUCUGGACUUUGACUUGGCCACUAAACAC